AUGCCCUCCGUUUUCUUGACGCUCGUGUCUGCGUGCUUGCUGUACCACCGCCCACUUUGCGGCUCCAGCGCCAGCCUGGGACAUCUCUCCAUCUGGGCCGGCAUAUCGGGACGCUGCAGGGAUGCCAUCACCUCGAGAAGGGGCGAGGAGUCCACUCCAUCGUAUGCCCAGUUGAUGUCCCCGGGUACUCACUAUGGCACGAAGAGCCCCUCAACGUUAUCCUCUUCGACUGGCAUCACCACGACGGGUCAGAUGUGCCACGCACAGGACACAGGGAGACAAGGGCAGGAGCGGCAGCAGGCGGCGGUGGAGCACGCAGCAAGGAGGCAAAUAACUGAAGCUGAAGGCUCUUUUCUGAAUGAUGAUAAAUCUAGGAGAGGGGCACAGCAGGUCUACGAUGUGCCCUUUGAUGAUGCCGAGGCCACGCCCAGCACCCUGCCCGGCGUCAUGGUGCGUCCGAUGAAUGGCUUUGCCCAGCAGGCCGAGAAGGAAGAGCUGGGCAUGGCGGAGACCUCCAUGGCGGCCGCUCCUGCCCUUCUCUUCCAAGCGCUGCUCCCUGUCCUACCUGUGCGGUCGCCGGUCGCUGUCCGUCGCCUCCUGGCCUAA